UUAUGCAAACAUCAUUCUAUAACACUAAUCUCGAAUCUUUACAGAUUCGCGAAUUCCUCCAAAAUUUCUUCUACAAAGACGAGCCUCUCAACUCCUUCCUUCAACUGAUCAACGAAGACAACCCCAGAUGUCUAGAUCUAGAAAAGUUCACCCUAAAAGACCUGAACAACGGCCUCAACCUACUGGCUAUUCACGACAAAAAGCUGAUUGGUGUCUGCCUAAACGGCCUCAUGGAGAGGGGAAAAGCUGAGGAGGAAUUUGUGUGCAAGGACGAGAAGUUCAGCAAGAUCGUGCAGUUGCUUGAACAUGUCGCUGAAGAGUCUGAUCCCUUCAAAAAGUAUCCAGGAAUCGACAAAGCCGUCACCGUGAAGAUUCUCUCUGUGGAUGGGUCAUACAGAGGGAAGGGGAUUGCCAAAGAUCUUAUGGCAAGAACUAGAGACAUCGCUAGGAAAAUCGGCUGCGGAUUCGUUUCAGUAGACUGCACCAGUCACUAUUCAGCUUGUGCGGCGAGGAAACUUGGUUUUGAAAAGCACUACACUCUCAGAUAUGAAGACUACAAAGUUGAUGGAAAAGUUCUUUUCACUCCGGAAGCUCCUCAUAGAGCUUUGACUGUCUACACACAGAAAAUUUGUUAAACAAAGGAACUUUCCAAUUGUAUACCAUCUUCCCUUCUAGUGAGUUGAUGAAACAUUCUGUUUUUUUACCACGUUCAUUCGUAACUAACGUUACUGCAGUUUCGGCCCAUAAGGACAUUUUCAAACUUAUACAUUAAAGGUUACUGUACAGUAACGUUAGUUAAAAUAAAAGUGGUAAAAAACAUUAAAUGUUUCAAUUCUCGUUUCUUCAGUAUGAUUUCCUAUCACAUUGUAACGGUUACAUCCAUCAAUUUAUUGAAAUUUCAAAGUGUUAAGCUUCCUUGUAAACCUUGUAAACUAACCUGCUUGUAAAUUUUUUCAAGUGAAUUAUUUAUAAAAUAAUAACAUUUAGAAUAGAAGAGUAUAAACACAUAAACCAUCAACUGAAUGAAAAAAAAAAUUAUAUGUCCACUCGUACUGUAUACAGUUGUGGGUUGUGGGCUGUAGAUCUAUGCAGUGCAUUUUGGCUGUCAAAUGCCAGAAUUACCAUUCUCGUCUUUUCAUGAUCUUUGAUUUCUCUUUCGGUGACUAGGUACUUUCUAUUUCCCUUAAGGUCGGUUCAAACACAUCAAUCCCGUCAUGUCACAGUUCCGGCGCCGAACGGAACAAUACGUCAUAAAAAAUAUUCUUUAAUAGAAAUAUGCCACCGGCGUUUACAUUCAUCCAUUGCCAAAGUUUCCAAGCAGACAGGUUUCGACCCGUCUACCGACCGAUGUUAUAAUCUCCGCGACCAUAUUUUUUGGUUUUGCCGGAAACAUGUUGGGCGGUACAAGUGAGUGUGAGAAAAUAUAAUGUUUUAUAUGAUUUGUAGCAUGUAAAAUAUAUGGACAAUAAUGUCAAAAAUAAUAUUUGGGAGGAAACCUUAAACAAACUGUCAUACGCUGCCUUGGUGAAAUAGCUCUUCUCCGGUGUCUGUGUCUUCUUUUUUCAUUUUUUUUUUAAUUUUUGAAAACAAUACGUUAAAGCAGUUUUUCGACAUCCUAAAAUAUUGAUGAAAUUUUACAUCAUCAUGAAGCAGUUCUUUAUACAGUGUCGCGUAUUCUCCUUCGAUAUCUCUUUUUUUCCAUGCGUCAUGAAUCCAUUUUCGUCUUUUUACUUGGUUUGCUUCCGCUUCUCCUUCUUCGUUACUUAAUCUGUGGUCCAAACAUAUAGCAAUUGCUAAUUCUUCAUCCGAGAAAUUUGCCAUCUUUUCAACAGAUUGGUCGCUGAAGAAUGAUGCAUUCCGGUGUGUACGAACAGACGAAACGAAUAGCUCUGGGACGGGACGGUACCCUUUCGGUGCCGGAACUGUGACGGGACUGAUGUGUUUGAAUCUCAGAGUAAUAGGUACUCUGAGGUUUGAAUCGACCUUGUCGACGGAAUUUUGUGAAUGGAUUAAUGGGGUAACCCGAAAUUGUUAAUAUUUUCAAUGUUUUGAAUAUAUCAUAUAAGUAUAAUAUAUCAAUCUAUGAAAAGCGUGCUAUCUUAUAAUUUUCAAAAUAUCGACUCAAAUAAUGAUAAACAAGAAAAAGAUCAUGGUAACUCGAAAAAGAAGUUACCAUUGAAUGAUUAAAUUAGAAAUGAGAAAUGUUAACAAAAGAAAAACCUACUUAUAUUUUUUUAUAUCAAAUUCACAAACAAUACAUAUAUACAUGAAUGCCAUCAACAUUACGCCAAAUGUUAUAAUAUAUUUGAAAUAUUUAAAGAUGAAAAACAAAAAAAAGUUAGUUGUUCAAUUUAAUUAUUAUCAAAAUCUUUUUAGAAUUUGGUAACAGAAUUUGUCAAUUCAGUAUACCACGUAAAUAAUUCAAAAGGUUAUUCCAUUGGCGUUUAAUGAUUUUUUUCCAAAUUCAGUUUUAAUUUCUGCAGUUUUCAAAUUAAUGUACCUAUAUUAUAUAAGACAUUGAAGGAUGUCUCUUCAUGUUUUGCAUACGAAAGACCUGCAAGACGACGCAAAUAACAAGACCUCCGCUUGGCUGGUAUCCAAACUUGGAUCAUCCGCAAAAAUGACCUCAGAAAUAUAACAAAGAAUAAUGUCAAAUUGCCCCCAAAACUGAUUUAUGGAUUAGAUUUGGUUUCUUUGUAUAACGAAUAACUUUUUUUAUUUACGCACAUAUUGAAUGGUAUUAUUUGGAUAAUUUAAAUCUGUCUUUAUUAUUUUUAACAAAAUAUACAUCGAAAUAACUUUUCGUACCAGUCUCACUCUAUUCUUUGUGCUCUAUGAACAUCGAUAGAAAAUUAGGUUGCUUUUAUAUCACAGUUCCAAUAUUUUAGAAAAAAUUGACUCCUCAAUUGUUAGUCAGACAUUGUAUGUAAUUGUGAAAAAUGAUUAGAGAAAAACUUCAACGAUACUUCAAGUGAAGUGAUUUUUAUUGAAUCAGUGUUAUUUUUACUAUACUGAAUGUUAUUGGAUUAGGUACUGAGUACUUGUUGUAUAGAAUGUAAUUAUGAGUUUUAAUUAUUUAUGUAUAUGUCACAAAUGUAUGAAUGUAUUAAUAAAAUUUUUGACUUUGUA